CAUGUGGUCAAACAACAAGUGCAGUUUAUCGUCGUGUUCGGUGCGCAGGAAGAGCGGCGGAAGCUUCUGCUUAUUGUCUUUAUUUACACCUCGGUACACCAUGAGCACAGGAACAGCGAACACACGCAGUCCCUGCUUCAUGUUUCUGAACCUAAAAACCAGCCUCAGUGGAACAAGAUGAUCAAAAACUGGGGAGUGAUCGGAGGGAUAGCAGCGGCGAUUGCAGCAGGAGUUUAUGUCAUGUGGGGCCCAAUUACAGAGAGGAAGAAGCGGAAGAGAGGGAUGGUUCCAGGUCUGCUAAAUCUGGGCAACACCUGUUUCUUGAACUCCUUGCUCCAGGGCUUGGCAGCGUGUCCGUCCUUCAUCAGAUGGUUGGAGAAGUUUUCCUGUCUGCCCACAAUCCAGUCCUGUAAGGACAACCAGCUGUCCACCACACUGCUUCAGCUCCUACGAGCUCUGUCCAGUGAUGAGCCUGGAGAUGAAGAUGUUCUUGAUGCUGGAUGCCUCUUGGACAUUCUCAGACUGUACCGCUGGCACAUCAACUCGUUUGAAGAGCAGGAUGCACAUGAACUUUUUCAUGUCCUCACGUCUUCUCUGGAGGAGGAGCGAAAUCGACAACCCAAAGUCACACAUUUAUUUGACGUGCAGUCACUCGAGAAUCUUUCUAAUCAAGAAGACAAAACAACAACUUGCAUAAGUCGAGCUCCUCUUCAUCCAAUCCCGGACCCUUGGAAGUUUCAGCAUCCUUUUCACGGCCGUUUAACAAGCAACAUGUCGUGUAAGCGCUGUAACAUACAGAGUCCAGUGCGGUAUGACUCAUUUGAGACCCUCUCCCUGUCCAUCCCUCUUCCUCAGUGGGGUCGGCCUAUUACUUUAGAUCAGUGCCUGCAGCAUUUUAUUUCAUCCGAAACAAUCAAAGAAGUAGAGUGUGAAAACUGCACAAAGCUUCAACAAAGUACAACUCUAAACGGGCAGGUUUUAGAAAGCCAGAGAACGACGUUUGUUAAACAGCUCAAACUUGGAAAGCUCCCUCAGUGCCUGUGUAUCCAUCUACAAAAGCUGACGUGGUCCAGUGAAGGAACCCCCAUCAAGCGGCAGGAACACGUGCAGUUCGCAGAGUUUCUGUCGAUGGAUCGCUACAAACACAACAGCUCCACGCAGAAUCAUCGCAGGAUCAAAUGUGCCCCCAAAGCCCCGCGGGCAGAAAGUUUAAACGAUUCCACAGAAAUGCCCAAAGCUAACGGGACUGAUACAGAAAACAACAACAAACCUUUCUCUAACGGAACCUGCUCUUCUGUCUUUAUUCACUCUCCGGGUUUAAACUCACAACUUGGCGUAACGUAUGACUUCAGCRUCCUCCCCUCCAGCUCGACGGAGUACUUGUUUCAGCUUGUGGCUGUGCUGGUCCACCACGGGGACAUGCACUCGGGACAUUUCAUCACGUACCGCCGCAGCCCUCCUCGGCCGCACGGCUCCUCGGCCUUCAGCUCACAGUGGCUCUGGGUGUCGGACGACUCGGUGCGGAGGUCCAGCCUGCACGAGGUGCUGUCUUCCAACGCCUACAUGCUCUUCUAUGAGAGAGUUCGGAGGCCGAGCCUGAGCCGCGACAGUGAGCUGUGUGAGGAAAGCCGCCCUGGAGUGUCGGUGUUUGAGCGUUGUGUGUGAGUGUGCCGUGCGGCGGACACGUCCUGCUGCUUUGAUCACAGCAGGAGGAUCGUAAUCCCAAAGAUAACGGACCUGYGGGACUUUUUUUGUGACGCUCUUGGUCAUGUAAGCUACGACUCUUUGACUCAUUUAACUAUUUCUGUGAGUUUCAUGGCUUUACGAAACAAAGACACAGGAACACCUGACAGCAAUGUGAUGCACAUGAGCAGCUUUAUCUGAGCUGCGACACAGUUACCAUGCUGUGUAAAUAUGAACGAAAAACAUUUUCAUGGCGUUCCUGUCAACUUGUCAUAGUCUAUGAAUAACAAACACAACCGUAGCUGAGUAUAGUUUCUCAGAGGGGUUAUUUUGAAGUUGUUACACAUUAUAAAACAGUUUUURAAUCUGCCUAUUUCCAACAGUGUGUGUAAACUAUUGUAGAAAAGUUUUAAUUAAAGUUUCAACUAAUACGUUGUUAAGCUGUACGGUCCCCGUUUACAGAGCUGCAUGACUGAGGAUCAUGUUCUUUUUAAGAAUUUUUAAAAAGUUAAACCACAAGUUCAGCCACUGAAAUGAUGAUUAAGUGGAGACCACUCUGAAAAUACAAUGUUUAAAAGCUUUGGUGUUCAAUAGAAUAAUUGUUCAUCUCCGUUAACAAAACUUAAUUAGAUGUUUCUGGGUAUAUUUUCCUGAAUGAUAUUUUUAAUUCCGAGCAAUAGAUAACCGUUUUGUACCAAACCAGGAAAAUUAAAAUGAGCAUUAAAAUGCACUUCGUAUUUUCAUGUGAGGUGGAAUGUUUGUGUGAAGUAUUUGAAUGAUUGUUUUCUGAUAUAAAAGUGAAAAGAAUAAAAAUUUAGUUAAGCUUUUUA